ACAAGUUCUAGUUUAAUGGCUAUGGCGAAUAUUUUGAGAAACGAGGUUGAAAAAAGUCAGAAACAAAAUUUGAGAAAUAGUUUGAACAGGUUGAUGAUUAAUACAUUAAAAGUAGUAUGUAGAGAAGAGAGUUUGUCUAAAAAGGGAAUUAAAAAAGAUUUAGUUGAAAAUGUAGGGAAGAUGAUAAUAGAUUUUAAUGAUAAGAAAGGUUUACAAGAUAAUAAUUUUAAGAACAGACCUUUUGGUAAUACUGAUAGAAUUAGGUAUAGGGGUUCUGAUAGAGUUAGGUUCAGAGGUUAUGAAGCAAGUACAAGACAAACAGCAAAAAGUAAAAGGCAAAGGUUAGAUAAACCUAUAAUAUCAGAAUUAGCAUUUAGUAGCUCGCCUAUAGAUGCAGGAGAGUAUAGAAAGUAUACUGUGAAAGGAAAUAAGGCAGAGAAAGAAAAGAGUAGUAGGGAGAGUACAUCUAGAGUCAUCAGUAAAGUAUUAGAGAAAGAAGAUAAGAUCUGUAGCAUUGGAGUGAGUUCAGUUAGAGCUAAAGAGAUUGAGAGAGUUAGAUGUAGUAAAACUAGUUCAUGUAGAGGAGAGAAGACUAGACAUCUUAUUGGAGAUAAGUCUGGUCUUUUUUGUACUAAAGAAAGAUUUAGUAGAGAUUCCAGAAGACAAGCUCUUGAAAGUCUAGAAAGAAUUAGUAGAUCUGAAGAGACUUCAGUUAGUUUCAGCCUUUCUACUAGUACAAUACAAAGCUCAGCUGUUGUUAAUUUUUCUGGAAUGGAAAUUAGCACUUUGGUAGCUAAUGUUUUUAGAAGCACUGAAGUAAGUAGUAAAGUUAUUACUAGCAGUAGAGAUUAUUAUUUUAGGACUAUCAGAAUAGAAAGAACUAUGCAAAAACCCAACAUAGAAGUUGCUAGUUACGAAG